AUGAUACGACUUAUUCAACGUUCACUUAAAUAUACAUCAAUAAAACAUAUUGAUUAUCAAUUAUUAAUUGAUUCAUUGGGUAAAUUACGUGAAAUAGCAAAAAAAAAAUUAAAUGAACAAAGUAGAAAAACGGAAAAACAUUUAUCAAUGUUUAAUAUUUCAGAGUUUCUUGCUGCACAUCAUGAUUAUAUAGAAAAAUUUCAAGUUAUUGAACUUCAACAAGAAUUAACAACAAUACAACUACAUUUAACUCGUUUUCUUUUCUCCGAUUGUCUUGAAUAUAUGUGA